UGUAAAGGAGGUGGAACAUAAGACGAGAAUCGAGUGCGACGAGCGGCAGAACUGUUUCGUACUGGUGAUUGAUAAUUUUCUGUCGCUCUAGUCAUACAUUCGAAUUGUUCGACAAAGAAAUACGAUUGUAGUGUUCUGUUGGUGCAUUUAGGAAUAAAAAUUCAUCUACAAAAUGCUAAGUAAAAUUGUUAAUAUGACACUAUCGAUUCACAGCGUGAUUGGUUAAGCCAGUGUUCAAUGCAAGUAUGGCCGCCCUGCCAUCACCCACGCAGGUGGCUGGAAGCCAUACUGUUAUAUAUGAAGCCUAUUAUAAUCAGGUUGAUCCACAUGGAUAUGGACGAAUCGGUGCAAUGGAAGCUGCGAGAUUUCUUAAGAAAUCCCAGCUGAGCGAUAAAGUGUUAAGUCAAAUAUGGGACAUGGCAGAUCCGCAAUCUCGUGGAUCUUUAGAUAAAUCUGGUCUUUUCGUUGCUUUGAAACUUUGUGCAUUGGCGCAAGCAGGAAGGGACGUUAGUAUGUCGAAUUUAAGUAUGGAAUUGCCUCCUCCAAAGAUGGGUGAUAUUCCUGUAAUAUCUCAGAAAAAUGUAGUUAAUAAUUUGCCAGUAAUAACAUCUGUCAAUAAUGGAGAUUGGUCUAUCAAACCUUCGGAGAGAGCAAAAUAUGAUCAACUUUUUGAUAGUUUGCAACCUGCAAAUGGAUAUAUACCUGGGAAUAAAGUUAAAGGUGUUCUUAUGGAUAGUAAGCUUCCUCUGGAUACACUUGGAACGAUUUGGGACCUUGCAGAUAUGGAUAAGGAUGGUAUGCUGGAUAGACAUGAAUUUGUUGUUGCUAUGCAUCUAGUAUAUAAAGCUUUAGAGAAAUAUGCGAUACCAAGUGUACUUCCACCAGAAUUAAUGCCACCUGGGAAAAGAAAAGAUAUUACCAUACCAGUAUCAAAAUCUCCUGCACCGAUAGGAAUGACAACAGCUCCACCACCUAUACCACCUUUACCUAAUGCAUCAGUUGUAAAGAGUAUGGCUGGUCUGGAUAUAUCAAAGACAAAUGUGCAGUGGGUAGUUUCUUCUGAAGAACAAAUAGCAGCAGAUAAAUUGUUUUUGCAAGCUGAUAUGGAUAUGGAUGGAUAUGUCUCAGGUCUUGAAAUCAAAGAUGUCUUCCUUCAAAGUGGACUUCCACAGGCUGUAUUGGCUGAUAUAUGGGGUCUCUGUGACACGUGUCAAAGUGGAAAGUUAAAUAAGGAACAAUUUGCUUUAGCUAUGUGGCUUAUUAAGCAAAAGCUUAGAGGUGUUGAUCCACCUGCAAGUUUGACUCCCGACAUGAUACCGCCUUCUAUGCGAAAACCAUCUGAUACUGUUGUGGAAAAUAACAAUAUAUCUGGCUAUUCAAACCCAGAAUUAGAUAUGAUAAGUAAAGACAUAGCUGAACUUGUGAGAGAAAGGCAAAGCAUGGAACAAGACAUAGCGCAAAAGGAAGCUGAUAUCAAGAUAAAACGCGGUGAAAUUAAGAGCUUGCAGAGUGAAUUAGACACGCUUGCUGCUACUUUAAAACAACUCGAAAAUCAGAAGGGUGAAGCACAAAAGCGAUUGAAUGACUUGAAGGCUCAGAAGGCUGAAGUAGAUAAAGAUUUGAGUGAGGUCGAGCAGAAGAUUCUUGAGGAACAAAAAAAGGUCGAUAAACUACGACAACAAGCAGAAGAGCAAGAGUCCGUGUUGCGCACUCAAGAAGACGAACUGAACUUUAAACGACAAGAAUUGGAAGGCUUGAGACAAGAGGAGCAGCAGUUAGAACAGCAGCAAAACAAAAGCAGGGACCAAUUAAAUGAACUUACUAAAAAUUUGCAAGAUACUCAGUUGCAAAUUAGUCAAGCGAAAGCAAAAAUCACUCAUUUGCAAGAACAGCAACGUCAAAUGAGCGAUGCAAUCGCACUUUACGACUCUGCACUUGCUGCAGGGGAUGCCACUCUUGUACCUGAUACUAGUCUGCAAUUUAAUCCUGAAAUUGAAGAUUUAGAGUAUGAAACAACGACAAACAAUGUGGAUGAAACAAAAGAACAGAAAGCAGAUUCAUUCUCUAAUGCAAACGGAACGGCAACUAUGGAUGGUUUUGAACAAGAUCCUUUUGCUUCGAAUAAAGCCCAAGAAGCAUUUAGUGCAUCAACACCAGAUCCAUUUGGAAGUGCAUUUCCGUCGCAACCUACUACAGGUGGAUUCACAUCUGAUCCAUUUAAUGCAUUUGAUAAUAGUAAUGUUAUAAAGCAGGAUCCAUUUGAUCCAUUUGGAGAUGGAAAGAAACCUGAGAUUAAACCCACAACUGCAACAACAGCAACAAAGGAUCCAUUUGGUGAUGAUCCAUUUGCGAAUCUUCAUGCCCCACCUCGUCCAGAAAGUCCUAGUCCUGCCCUUCCUCCUAAAAAAGCAAAACAACCUCCACCACGACCAGCACCUCCACGGCCUUCUCAAGGACCUACCGGUCCUUUAAGAGCAGCACCAGCACCACCUACUCCUUCCCCUACUCCAGACCCUUUCUCGAAUGCUAAUUCCGAUCCUUUUUCUGCUCAACAAGGAAUUAUCGAUAAUAACAACAGUGGUUUCACUUCAUCUACUGGAUUCGCUGAUUUUGCAAAUUUUGACUCCAAGCCGGAACCAACACUGAAUCGAACAACACCACCCAGACCAACGAGCAGAGCACACACGGUAUCGAUGGUAACUCCAAAGCUGCCCGACUUCACGGAAGAUCCAUUUAGGGAUUACCGAUACGUGGAUCCAUUUAACAUAGCGGAUCCAUUCGCCGACGACGCUGAAGAUUUCAACGCGAACAAGAAUAACGAAAUGGGUAAGAUGGAUCCGUUCAGUUAUGGAACUUCCUCGGUACUUUCUCGUAAGAAUUCUUUCACAAAAGCCUUCGAAACUGAUUUCUCAAACACGUUCCCGCUUGCUAAGAAUAAAAUCGAAAAGGACAAUGCUAAAUUCGACGCUGACUUUGUGAAAGCGUUCUCCGACGACAACAGAAAUAUAAAGGUAAUCGAGUCCGAUGCCUUUCCCAACACCAAGACAAAAACAGUCGACAUAGACGAAGCAUUUUCAACAAAGAGCGAAAAGUCUGCUAGAAGACAGGGACUAGAUUUAGGACUGAGUAAAUCUAAAGCUAGUUUCAAUGAUAAAAAAUCGAAAGCCGACCUCGGUAAAAUUUGGAACGGUAACAAUCCGCCGUUGGCGUUGACCGAAGAGGAACAAUUUCUCUGGGCAUCCAAAGAGAGCAUGAAGUUCGAGGAAGAAAGACGCAGACGCAAGCAGAAGGAAGACGCGGAAUUAGCUUUAGCACUUGAACUGAGUAAGAAAGAAAAGUCUGGCAAGUUGUAGAACCUUGGGUACGCGGAACGCAUUCAUUUCCAUUUGUUCAGUUGGAAUAGCAUAUUUUCGGGCACAACGACUUCACGAAUCUUGAUACGAAAUCAGGAACUGGAAGGUAUAUGAUAUGUUAAAAUUCAUACAAUCGUAAUAAAUUGUCGAGAUUUCGAGAUCCGCACUAAUUAAGGCUAUAAAGAAUAUCUGCGAGAACUGCAAUUACGUAUAAUGCUUACUUUUAAUACUAUUUAGCAUAUCAUAACUGCUGUGAAAUGAGAACAGAAAAAUAUUUAGAUGGAAUUAGAGGAAGCAUACGAAUAUCCAAAUGUUCAUAGAGGCAUAUAUAUAUUAUAUAUAUUAUUAAUCAUAAACAAAAAAUCGACAAAGCAUUUUUCACCAUAAGUAAUCGGUUCUCGAUGUGGCCUUUUCGUUCUUCACUUCGCGUACGAUGCAUUCGAUCACAUCCGUAAAACAACUGAAAUGUUACUGUAUAUCAUUUGAAUGUAAAAAUUUAUAUUGGACCGUGCGCCAUUUUCGGCAUUCCGGUUUAUCCGCAGUGAUCGAUAAACUUUUGUAAAAAGGUAAAAAAAAAAAAACAAACAAAAAUAUAUUCAUUAUUGCCUUGCAAUAUCGAAUUCUAAAAUAACAACACUUAAUAUACGCGUAGCUGGUUGUACACUUAUCGCUAAACGUAAAUUAGCAAUGUAUAAAGGCAAAAAUGUAAUGGCAGAUUUCAUUGGAUUGACAAUAAAACGUUGUGUACACGAAUUCCGUGAGUUUAAAGCGUGGGGAAUAGUAAUUAAACGGCGAAUUCGUUGAAACGGAAGAAUGAACUACUCAGCGUCGUUAUUGUAAAACGCACUUUCAGCUAUACGUCUGUACAUUCGCGAAUAGCAUGCGGAGUAACGUUUCUGUUUGCUGUUUAAUAUUGCACCCGUAACGACGCUACAAUGUAUAACACCGUCUGAACUCGACAUGUCUUCAGCAGUAUUCGUCGCGAUCAUGAAGAUAUGAAAAGAAACCUCCGAACUAUAUAAAUGUUAAUAAGUAGAAGUACGGAUUAAAACGUAACUUAUGAAAUUUACCGAAGUCAUCGUCACACGCUAAACAUGCUUUCGAACACUAUGAUCGUGUGUAAGGAAAAUUUCAAUCGUUAUUAGGUUUUUAUCACAAGUUGCGAGACACGUGUUCCCUUGAAGAUGUGAUUACGAAAGGUAAUGAAAAGGUUUAUUUUUUAUCAAAUCCGGAUUCGAUGAACAGAUGAAUGAAAAAAAGAGAAAAGGAGGUGAGAAUAAUAAACGACUGUAUCAAUAUGUUAACAGUAAGCGAACCGUUCUAAAUAAUGUUUGCGUAAAUGCCGUAUAAUUCAGCCUUCGGUCUCAGUACGUCCCAAAGAAUAAGGUGUUCAAAUGAAGCGUAGCUCCGUGUUUGUCCCCGAGAUCAUGCGUCGCGUGGAAUCUUUGAAAUCAAACACAAAGGGCCGCGUCUAUGUUUAUUUUACCAUUGUAUCUUGUAACUUCACAACGACAAUGUAUUACGCAUGGUGUAUAUUACUAUCUGUAUUAUUUUAUCGUGAUCAUUACGAUUGUGUUAUUAUUGUUAUAUCGCGAUUACUAUUAUUAAUAUUAUUGAUACUAUAGCGUCUAUGUAAGACACACGUGCUGUCUAUAUUAUUUACCAGUGAACGAAAAUAAGUGUACUGUGAAAUCGUAUUAUGUAUGUUUCUUCCUUAAUUUCUUUGUUUGCGUAUUCAUUACAUAUUUUGUCAUAAUUUCGAUCGUCCUUCGAGAACUGCGCGUAUGGAUCCUAAUCGUAGAUAUACAAACACAUACGCGACAGAUAAUUAUCACCCGAAUAAAUGGAAUUACGAUGUCACAUUUAUUUCGAAUAAUUUAAGAAGGCCUCUCUUUGCCCAACAAAUUUAUAAUUUGUCUUUUUGUUCCAUUCGAGCGUUCUACUCAUCGCAAUGGCAUUGUAGAUUGUUUUUUUUUAAAUUGAAAUUGAAAUGAGCUUUCACUGUUGGCACCAUUAGAUUCUUUAUUUCUAAAAACAGAAUGUUUGAUAAAUCAUUCAAGUUAUAAUGUGAGCAAAUUUAUUUGCCAGCAUUCUUUUCUCUUUUUAUUAAAAGAACGAAAUUGUGUCAGCGUAUACCUAAAAUCACUGAGUUACAAUUUAAUGUUUCAAAUUUCUUGACUUUUUAGAAAAAAUUUUUCCAUGUACUAAUUUGUAAUUGUAUUCAUUCGAUUGUAGUUGGUAAGAUGGAGAACAUUCGAAUUAUCUAUAAUUUUAUUAUGAUAGUUUCGCUUUUGAUGAAUUUUCUUAUGCAAUGUAUUUACGUCGUUAACAUGCAGAAAUCGAUAAUACUAUAAUCGCGAGAAAGACAUGUAAGUACACGGAGGAAACCGAAGUAUGUACGCAAAAUACUGAUUAGCGUGUUUAGAAAGCGUUAGAAAAUACGAUUGCGACAUGUUUAGACUUCACAUAAGUAGAAAAUGGUGUACUCCGUUUUGAUUGUUCUGUUAACACUUAUAGGACGACGAGUUUACGUAAACUUUUGUAAUUUACAAUAUUGAAUCUGUAUUUGACUGUGUUAAAAAUUUGUUACUUUCGUAUUAAUGAAAGUGUAAUUAUACUCGAGUUUAUUUCCGAAUUAUUAAUAUAAACAAGAAAAGAAUAUCUCGUCCAUUAAGUUUUAACAAUGCGUAUUGAAAUUGUAUUAGAUAAUCCAAACUGCGACGAUAUUAAUAUCAAUACUGAUAAAACGAACUUCGAUAACACCGUUGUUACCAAUGUACAGGUGUGUAAAAUGGACGAAAAAUAUCAUUUAGAAGUUUUCUUUCCUACGCACUACUUUUAUUUAUUCGAGGCAAUUGCGUGUCCCUUUUAGGAAGCUGUAAGAAAAAGCCAGAUGUUCAAUGCGAAUUCAUUCAUCAAUAACAUUGUGUUUAUUUACUUGAAACUUUUCCUCUUAAAAUGCAUUCGAAACGAUACACGCGAUAUAUGUACAAUUCUUCAUUGUGCGAUGUGCCCUUUCAUAUUGUAUUAUAUUAAAUUCAUUCGUAAUACGUUAACAAUAAGUCAUUCAUUAUAUGUACGGAAUUACACGAAUCAAAAUUCAAUUCUACGAUUUCGUUUUAUAAUAUAUACCAUUGCAUUCAAAUUUUUUUUUUCAUUUUUUUUUUGUAAUUUUCAUAGCAAGCACCGUAUUUAAAUACUUGUACAGUACAUGAUCAUUUCUUUUUCGUCUUUAAUGUCAUGUUCUAGUUCAAAGGAAAGAAUUUUUACGUGAAUAAACAUUGGUAAGAGUGGCAAAGGCGUAUCCGAAUUAAGAAAAUGUACGUGAUGCGUAAUCCUAUACUAAAAUUGUUAUGUUCAGAUACAGAUAACACGAGUUUGCAAGUAACCUGUGAUACGAGUUGUACGUAAACUUACUGGAAUCUGGAAUUGCGUAUAGUGUACUGUGUACAAAGGAUAAACAGAUUCUUUUUUUAUAUUAUAUAUACAGAUAGUCGGUACAGGUAUUAGUAAUUAGAAUGAUAAACGCGUCGCCUUUAGAUUUAGGUCUUCUUCUGUAUACAAACUUAAUUGAAUUCUUAUUUCUAUAUUUUCAAACGAGACUGCAUUGGUUUAUCAUACAUACAUUGUCGACAUUUUUAUACGGAAGUGCUUUCAACUUCAAUCAUGUAUAUUUCAGUUAAUAUUCAAUUUUAUUUCAACUUUGUACGAUUACUUUGAAUUACGAAUUUUUAUGUGAGAAUUUAAAUCAGAUGGCGAAACUUAUAUUAUUCCUAAUAAUAAUGCCUGUACCGAUUAAUUAUGUAUUUAAUUUGAUUUUUUUCACUCACAAGCAUUAAUUGUAAUUUCACUUUUUGUAUGUCAAUGAUUAGAAGAUCGAAGAGCACAGAAUCGAUGAGGGUGUUACAGCGAUGCUUUGUUAAUUUUAAGCCACCGAUUUUCCCAGUAGUAAUUACAAAAACCGUCGUCGUAUCGCUUUGUUCUCUGUGUGUAAUCGUAAUCAACGAGCCGUGUAAAGAAUGGAACGAGUCUAACAAUACUCAUAAAGCAGCGUCAGGCACAAUUUUAUUCAGUUAACGAAUAAUAUCUAUGAACGAGAAAUAAGUCUUUAUUCGUCAACGAUGAAUAAGAUUUCAUUCGAAUAAAAAUUUGCAGAUGAGCGAAUGAAUAUUCACUCGUUAUUCAAAUAAGUAUACAGUCGAGUACGAAGUAUUACAAGCUGUUUUCUUAGAAACUUAUGAAGACAUCGACUUUAUUUUUAGAAACCAGUUAUCAAGAUAUCAAAUUUAAUUUUACAAAAGCAAUUGUCAGGAUAUCAAAUUCAGUUUCACCGAGGCUAUCCAAAUAACAUAUAAUUAAUAUCAUCUUCUGUGCCAUUUAACCACAGUGAAAAUGAAUUCGAUAUCUUCAUUAGUUUCUAAGAAAAGAGCUCUUAACACUUUAUCAACAACUUGUGUACUCGAAUAAUAGCAGACGAACAUUUUCUUACCUUUUAUUCGUUGUUCAAAAGUUUAGUGGAUGGAAAAAUUCAAAAUGUUUUGCCUAUUCGGAUUUAAAGAACUUUAUUUAUACAAGUUCUUCUAUUUGUUUAAUUUAUUAAGCGUAGAAAUUAAUUCUGUGUCUCUCUAUAUACAAUUGUUAUAUAUAACUCUAGUUUAAACAGAUAUAUUUACUAAUUAUAGUACAUUAAAAUAGGAAUCUUUUAUAGGAACUUGAUGCCCAUUACAAUGUAUUUAUACAUGUACAUAUAUUCAUUGUAAUGGAGACCAGGUACAGAAAUUUAUUAAUUUAACAUACAAGAACAAAAUGACAAUUGAAUAUUUUUACUCAGACUAACGUUACAAAUGAUUGAAUAUAAAUCCACAGAAUUAAUUUCAACGCUUAAUAUUUCUCUAUCGGCAAAUUGCAGUUUGUCGACAGUUAUUAUGUUCCUUUAUUCGUUGCCUGUAUCGUAGCAGACCUUGACUAAUUUAAUUCAAUAUAUUUGCUCAACGUCUAAGUACUUCUUAAGAUAUUCUUUAUUUCGCUACCACAUAAGGACGAUGUAACAAGUUGUUCGUUUCCGUGCUGCGACGAAUGACGAAUCGAGUCGGGGAUUCGAUCAUAUCGCGAUUAGGGUUGCCAGCUUUUCGUAUUAGCAAGGCCAGAGAUUACUUGUAAAAGAAUCGUAAGACUGGUAAUAGAGUGCAGCGAACUAUCUGUCUAUAUGUGUAGCGUUUAUAUUAUCACCUUUUAUAAUGUAUUCACUCCAUUUGUUUGUGCGAUAGCUUGAAUUUAUUUAGGAUCAGACGUCGAAGACUUCAUCUGUAAGAUACGAAGUGUCCAGACGAAAUUUAGAGGAAAGAGGUGGCAACCCUAUUCGAAAUCACAUACUGAACACUCAGAUAUAUUCCUAUAUGCUACGUACUUUGUUAAGCGAUAACGAAGAUUCAUAUUCUCGAGCGCCCGAAAACUAAUUUACCAAUAUCACUCGUUAAAGCUCGUGCUGAAUGAACACGUUCGCACCAAAUACCAUUUUUUUUAUCCUAAUGUAUAAUCAUUAUCAAUGAUUUUUCACCGGUUUCGAGACUUCAAUACUUCACGAAAUACGCGUUAUCUUCGUUCCAACGAUUACGAAAACGUUUUCUCCGAUAAAUCAAUUCAAUUGUCUAUUUCAUCGUCGUUAUUUUAUCCUUCUUAUCAUUCCAUCGAUUUACGGUAACUAUUUCCUGUCAAAAUGCGUUUGAUUGUAUUUUACAUUACACGAUUGCAGUUCGACGAGAAAUAUUCGAAUGUUCAGUCGAUCUUUUCGAAUUGGAUACACGCUUGCAUGUACAAAGCAAAUUAAUUUUUUUAUGUGAAAACUUGUAUAUUUUUUUUUUCAUGAUAAGAUAGAUAAAACCUUCGAUGAGUUUGUCUAUACAAAUGCUAUUUUAUUAUGGAUAAAAAUAUUAGGGGUAGACAUUGAUACUGUGCCUCUAUAUUCAUUUAUUCAUAACUUUAGUUUAAACAGAUAUACAGGGUGUCCCAAAAAUGUUGUAACACAUUGAAAGAGGUGGUUCGGGCGGUGAUUUGAAACAUCUUUUUCCUUAGCGAAAAUGUUAUCCGAGGCUUCGUUAAGGAGAUAUUAACAGAAAACCCCGACCAAUCAGAGCGCGCGGAUACCGUUGGAGCGAUUAGGUGUCCGCGUUCAUACGCUACCGCAAGCGCUCCAUCGGUAUCCGCGCGCUCUGAUUGGUCGGGGUUUUCUGUUAAUAUAUCUCCUCAACGAAGCCUCGGACAACAUUUUCGCUAAGGAAAAAGUUGUUUCAAAUCACCUCCCGAACCACCCCUUUCAAGGUGUUACGACAUUUUUGGGACACCCUGUAUUUACUCCUCAUUUUGGUAAAUUAAAAUACAAACCUAAGUUCUCAACCUGCUGGUCAUUGCAAUGCAUCCAGACAAACUUUAGUUGCCAUUCAAUUUUGCUUAUUGCUACUUUUCUACAAUCACUGUAACUAUCGAGCGCGCUUGUAAUUGUGAUUGAAUAUAAAGGUACAGAAUUCAUUUCUACGCCUAAUAUAUAAGGCUUCAUUAAAAAAAAAUUAAUUUGUUUUUUAGAUCUCCCCAACCAUUUCCUUUAUAAACAAAUUGUUUACCUUGUACACCUCCCCCCCCCCCCCCUCCCUCCCUCUCCACUCAUCACUCGAUGAAAUAGCGAAUUCAUAAUGCAUACAUUUUGUUAAACGUGGCCGAACCGAACAGCCACACAUCAGAUAUAUUGUUCCGAUGUUACACGAGUUCUUAUAGACAUAUACGUAUAUAGAAAAUCGUUGGUUUAUUAUAAUACAACCCCUUGUACAUAAGUUUAAAUAUACAAAUAUCUGGUUCACUAUG